AUGAAAAAUUGGCUACAGAAAGUUGGUAGCCCAAUGUCCCGGAUUGACAAGGCUGUUUUCUCAAAUGAAAGGCAGAUAGCAAAUGUGGAAUUUUCCAACUUCAAAACAAAGUACUGA